UGCUGACACAAAAUACAUAAUAAAAUGAAUAAAAGCGGACAAAAUAAAUAAAAUCCCUUAACGACUUAGUUUUUUUUUUCUUUUAGAAAGGGCUUCAACGACUUAGUUUUGCUCUUUAAAUACCCCUAACCGAUAGAGAAAUCGCCACACCAUUGAUUAAAAUUGUGAGAGCGAAUAAAGAAAGGAUCAGUGAAUCUCUCUCUGCAACUCAAAGAUGAUCGGAGACUUGGUGGAUCUGUUGACCGGCGGUGGAGGAAAUGCAACGAAGGUGAAAGGAACAGUGGUUCUGAUGAAGAAGAACGUCCUCGAUUUCAACGAUUUCAACGCUUCGUUCCUUGAUCGCCUCCAUGAAUUUCUGGGUAACAAAGUCACUCUUCGACUUAUCAGCUCCGAUGUUACCGAUCCAGAAAACGGUUCUAACGGCAAACUAGGCAAGGCUGCUCACUUAGAGGAUUGGAUCACCACGAUCACCUCGUUAACCGCGGGAGAAUCAGCCUUCAAGGUCACGUUCAAUUACGACCAAGAUUUCGGUUACCCUGGAGCAUUCUUGAUCAGAAACAGCCAUUUUAGUGAGUUUUAUCUCAAAAGUUUGACCCUUGAAGAUGUCCCAGGCCAUGGCAGAGUCCAUUACAUCUGCAAUUCUUGGGUUUACCCUGCUAAGAACUACACCAAAGACCGAGUUUUCUUCUCCAACAAGACUUAUCUUCCACAUGAAACGCCACAGCCACUGCUCAAGUACAGGAAAGAAGAGCUAGCGAGCCUAAGAGGAACCGGUGAAGGAGAGCUUAAGGAAUGGGACAGAGUGUAUGACUAUGCUUACUACAACGAUUUAGGCGUACCGCCGAAAAACCCAAGGCCUGUACUUGGAGGGUCACAGGAGUAUCCUUACCCGAGAAGAGGAAGAACCGGGCGAAAACCUACUGAAGAAGAUCCUGAAACAGAGAGCAGGUUACCGGUCACGUCGAGCCUAGAUAUAUAUGUACCAAGAGACGAGAGGUUCGGACACUUGAAGAUGUCUGAUUUUCUUGCUUAUGCUCUGAAAGCAAUAGCGCAGAUCAUACAGCCUGCGCUUGAGUCUGUGUUUGACGAGACUCCUAAAGAGUUUGAUUCUUUUGAGGAUGUUCUUAAGAUCUAUGAAGAAGGAAUCGAUCUACCAAACCAGGAUUUGAUUGAUAGUAUUGUUAAGAAUAUACCACUUGAGAUGUUAAAGGAGAUAUUCAGAACAGAUGGUCAGAAAUUCCUCAAGUAUCCAGUGCCUCAGGUCAUCAAAGAGGACAAAACUGCAUGGAGAACCGAUGAGGAAUUCGCUAGAGAAAUGCUUGCUGGGCUAAACCCUGUUGUUAUUCAACUUCUUCAGGUAACGAAUAGUGUUUCUCUCUUUUUAUUUCUGGUUUCUUACAGGUCAUGGCAAGUUAACUUGCAGGAAUUUCCUCCAAAGAGCAAGCUUGACAGCGAAACAUACGGUGACCAGAACAGCAAAAUCACCAAAAGUCAUAUAGAAGAGAGUUUAGAAGGGCUCACUGUUGAAGAGGCUUUGGAGAAGGAAAGGUUGUUCAUAUUGGACCACCAUGACACACUGAUGCCAUAUGUGGGACGUAUAAACACCACCGGGAACAAGGUUUAUGCAAGUAGAACUCUUCUGUUCUUGAAAGAUGAUGGGACCUUGAAGCCACUGGUGAUUGAGCUGAGCUUGCCUCAUCCAGACGGAGACAGCUUUGGAGCAGUGAGUGAAGUAUAUACGCCUGGGGAAGGUGUCUACGACUCGCUGUGGCAGUUGGCAAAGGCUUAUGUGGGCGUAAAUGACUCUGGAAACCAUCAACUUAUCAGCCACUGGUUGCAAACACACGCAUCGAUUGAACCUUUUGUCAUUGCCACGAACAGACAGCUAAGCGUUGUUCACCCGGUUUUCAAGCUCCUCGAACCUCACUACCGUGAUACGAUGAACAUAAAUGCGCUUGCUAGGCAAAUCUUGAUCAAUGGUGGUGGUAUCUUUGAAAUCACGGUGUUCCCUUCUAAAUAUGCCAUGGAGAUGUCAUCUUUCAUCUACAAAAACCACUGGACCUUCCCUGACCAAGCCUUACCAGCAGAACUUAAAAAGAGAGGGAUGGCUGUUGAGGACCCAGAAGCACCAAACGGAUUACGUCUGAGGAUAGAAGACUAUCCUUACGCUGUGGAUGGGCUUGAGGUUUGGUACGCUAUCGAGUCAUGGGUCCAAGACUACAUUCCCUUGUAUUACAAGACGGACGAGGAUGUCCAAAACGACACUGAGCUCCAAGCUUGGUGGAAGGAGGUUCGUGAGGAAGGCCACGGAGACAAAAUGUCAGAACCUUGGUGGCCUAAAAUGCAAACCCGCAAAGAACUGAUUGACUCUUGCACUAUAAUAAUCUGGGUGGCCUCUGCCCUACAUGCAGCGGUAAAUUUCGGACAGUAUCCCAUUGCAGGGUAUCUCCCGAACAGGCCGACAAUAAGCAGACAGUUCAUGCCAAAGGAAAACACUCCAGGGUUUGAAGAACUUGAGAAGAAUCCGGAGAAAGUGUUUCUGAAGACGAUCACGGCUCAGCUUCAGACGCUUCUUGGGAUAUCUCUGAUUGAGAUUCUGUCUACUCAUUCCAGCGAUGAGGUGUAUUUGGGUCAGAGAGAUUCUAAGGAAUGGGCGGCUGAGAAAGAGGCCUUGGAAGCGUUUGACAAGUUUGGAGAGAAAGUCAAAGAGAUUGAGAAGAAGAUUGAUGAAAGGAACGUAGACGAGAAUCUCAAAAACAGGACUGGUCCGGUUAAGAUGCCAUACACUUUAUUGUUUCCGACCAGUGAAGGUGGAGUCACUGGUAGGGGAAUUCCGAACAGUGUCUCCAUCUGAAACAUGUCUCAAGGUGUUGUUUGUUUUCUGCUUAUUGUGACUGUGUUGCAGUCAGUUUGUGUUCUCCCAUGGUUUGCUUUUUUCACAUGUUAAAAGGUUAUUCUUGCCGGUCUACGGGAUCGGUUUUAUUGCUUCGUGUGGCCUAUAAACAUCAGAAUAAUAAGUCUAUACUAUUAACAUUUCUGUUUUUUUUCCAAUACAUUAGAAUACACAGUUGUUUGAACCGAGUUCGGUCUUAUAUCAGUAAAGAGAGUGAUUAGACUUGUCUGUGG